AUGUACACAGACACACGUUCGUCUGUGCUUAGAACGAAGACGAUCGAGGAGUCUUCUUCACCAUCUAUCUAUCUAUCUAUCUAUCUAUCUAUCUAUCUAUCUUUUUUUUCAUAUCUAAAUAUCUAUGUUAGCUUCUCUGUUUAUCUCCAGAAAAACUCUGUCUGUCUGUCUGUCUAUCUAUCUGUCUAUCCCUCGCUAUCUAUCUAUCUAUCUAUCUAUCUAUCUAUCUAUCUAUCUAUCUAUCUAUCUAUCUAUCUUUUUUCAUAUCUAAAUAUCUAUCUAAUCUUCUCUCUGUGCUUCUUUCUUUCUUUCUUUCUUUCUUUCUUUCUUUCUUUAGACACUGCCAUUCUUGUUUCCGCUUCUACUCAGGUGCUUCUUUCUUUCUUUCUUUCUUUCUUUCUUUCUUUCUUUCUUUCUUUCUUUCUUUCUUUCUUUAGACACUGCCAUUCUUGUUUCCGCUUCUACUCAGGUGCUUCUUUCUUUCUUUCUUUCUUUCUUUCUUUCUUUCUUUCUUUCUUUCUUGCUUUGCAUCCCGAUUCGUCUCAACCUUCAGUCAUCCACCUCAUCACCCCCCUCUCUCUCUCUCCCUCCCUCCUUCCACUUAAAUCGUCUCAUCGUCCAAUCACUCAAACUCUCGUUCCGUCUGUCUCUCUGUCUGUUCGCUAUCAUCUCCCUCUGCAGCGAAAUGGUAAAAACAGACUUGACGCUCGAAUUGAAGGGGACGUUAUCCUGGGAGCACUUUUCCCCGUGCACUAUCCCCCGUCACAGAAAUCGGCCUACACGAGAACAUGCGGGCCGAUAUGGGAACAGUACGGAAUGCAUCGGAUUGAACUUUUCUUUUUGGCACUGGAUGAAAUUAACUCCGACGACAGCAUUCUGCCGAAUAUUACCCUCGGCUGCGACAUUAGGGAUUCUUGCUGGUACUCUCCAGUAGCCUUGGAAAACAGUAUUGACUUUAUUAAGGACUCCAUAGCCGAUAUGCAAAAUCCCGACGGCAGUAACUCUUCGGAUGCCGGUGGGACUUGUCAAGUAAAGCAUAAUAAACCCAUCGCAGGCCUUAUUGGGCCCGGAUCCAGUAGCAGUUCGAUUCAGGUCCAGAACCUGUUGUCGAUAUUUACCAUUCCCCAAAUCGGAUAUUCCGCCACCAGUUCGGACCUUAGCGACAAGAGUCUGUAUAAAUAUUUUGUACGUGUGGUACCACCAGAUCGUUACCAGGCUCAGGCAAUGAUAGAUAUUGUACUUCGAUAUAACUGGACAUAUGUAUCUGCAGUGCACACAGAAGGUGAGUAA